AUGGUCGCCGCAAAGAAGCACGUUCCUAUCGUGAAGAAGCGCACGAAGCUCUUCAACCGCCACCAGAGCGACCGCUUUAUGCGCGUUGAUCGAUCAUGGCGCAAGCCCAAGGGUAUCGACAACCGCGUCCGCCGUCGCUUCAGGGGUAACACUGCCAUGCCCUCGAUCGGCUUCGGCUCCAACAAGAAGACCAAGUACAUGAUGCCCUCCGGCCACAAGGCCUUCCUCGUCAGCAACGUCAACGACGUCAACCUCCUGCUGAUGCACAACCGCACCUACGCUGCCGAGAUCGCCCACAACGUCUCCUCGAGAAAGCGCAUCGACAUCAUCGGCCGCGCCAAGCAGCUCGGUGUCAAGGUCACGAACCCCAAGGCCAAGGUCACCACCGAGGUCUAA